CGCAUUUUUCGUAUUUUUUAUUCAUUCAUUACCUCUCCGGUAUGCGGUGGUGUUGUGUUCUUACGAAGUGGGUAUUUUAGUGCAGAAAAUGCGUUAUUGAUAUUGUUUUUGAUGCUACGCUCUUGACUUUGAUGGGGAAGCCAUAACGGAUAUAUUUCGCGAUCCCGUAUAUUCUAUAAAAAUUGUUUUGCCAUCAUGGAAGUGAAAUUAGAAGACUAUGUGAAAGAGUGGACAGAAUUGUCAAACGAGUACAAAAGUCUCGAGACCACCAAUUCAACAUACUUGGAUUUAUUGGAAAACUUAGAACAAUUGCAGGAGCAAUGUACGAAACAAAUAAAACACCAGCGUUAUCGGAUGCAACAAAUUUCAAAAAACAUAAAGCUAUGCACCAAAAACAAGCGACUCACUCCAGAGGAGAAAGACACCGUGGUGGAUCUCGACAAAAACAUGCUAAAGCGGAAAGCUCAGCUCCAUGAAAUCGAGCAAGGCUUGCCGCAAAAAAACAGUCUUUAUUUGAAAAUCAUUCUUGGAGACGUCAAUGUCUCUAUCUUAAAUAGAAGUGAUAAGGUGCGCUAUAAAGAUGAUUACGAAAAAUUCAAACUGAUUUUGAACGUUAUCGGCUUGUUUUUAUCAUUCCUGAAUAUCGUUGUUAAUUAUAGAGCCCUGGAGCUUGCAUUUAUUUUUCUGCUGGUUUGGUACUACUGCACUUUAACGAUAAGGGAGUCCAUUUUGAAGGUUAACGGAUCACGCAUCAAAGGAUGGUGGAGGGUACAUCACUUCAUAUCAACUGUGUGUGCUGGAGUUCUGUUAGUUUGGCCACAAGGCGAACCCUGGCAGCUGUUCAGAACACAGUUCAUGUAUUUCAACGUAUACAUUAGCUUGGUGCAGUACAUGCAGUUUGGCUAUCAAAAGGGAGUACUAUACAGACUGAAGGCUCUUGGUGAACGACAUGAUAUGGAUAUUACGAUUGAAGGUUUCCAUUCAUGGAUGUGGCGCGGUCUGAGCUUUCUGAUUCCAUUCCUCUUUAUCGGCUACAUUUUCCAAGCAUACAAUGCGUGGACAUUGUAUAAACUUGCAGAACAUCCAGAUGCAACUUGGCAGAUUCCGGUUCUUAGCGUACUUUUCUUGGUUUUGUUUAUUGGUAAUACUACAACCACCAUGUUGGUUGUCCCACAAAAGCUAAGAGGUCGUAUAAAGGAACGCUACAGAUUGAUGAGUUUAUCGUGGGCCAUGAAAGCACGUCACCACAACAAGGGCGAAAAAUCUAAGCAGGACGAGACUGGUUCAAACAAUGAAUGUGAUAAAACCAAGUAAUCAUCAACUAAAAUUCUUUGCAUGAAUGAUGUGGUUUAACAAUGUAUGAUUUUUUGGCAUUUUAAAACAAUAAUGUAUAAUUAACUCAGGCUGAUGAGGUUUAUCUAUACAUAUUAGAAAUAUUGUUGACUAAAGGGUAGCUGAAUAAAAUACAUAUAAGAAACUA